GGAGGGUGGAGGAGGAGGGUGCUGUCACAGAUCCCCCGUUUCCCUGAACGACACCAGGAAGGAGUGUGACCCCGACCCGCUGCAUUCGUAUGGGGUGCAGAACAGGUCCAGGCCUCGGUCACCCUAGCCCAGCUUCAAUGCUUAAACCGCCCUGGUCCCACUUCAGUGCUUUUCUUGGCAGAGCACAGGCUGGGCAAGGUCGACCCUCCUCCUUCCAGGGGCCUAGACUAGAACAUGUGCAGUGCCUGCAGUUUCCGACGCUGCCGCGCGAGGCCGCUAUUGCACCCGGCGAUCUGCCGGCAGCUUCCUGCCGGGCAGCGGCUGGGCUCCCACCUCCACCACGCGGGGGGCGUCCGGGGGGGGGGCCGCUCAGGACCCAGGACCCGACCCGCUGUUACCGUUACCAGCGCUAUCGAUUGUGGAGAGUUCAAAGCCACCACAAAGAUUCCAAGAUUUCUGGGAGAGAACCCUCUGGCCAGCUGCUGCCCACCCAGAAAGUAAACCAAAACAGGAAGUCCGGGGUGAAUGGAGGAGCCACAGGUGUUGGAAAGAAGACAGCAGGUACGAUCUAGGGAUGUCAGGCCUCACCUAGACAGACCUGCCAGACGAGGACGUCCUUCAGGCUGAGGCAGGGCUCAAAGCGGCUCCUCACUAUCCUGAGUUCCUUGGUGUUUUUGUUGUCUCUCUACCUCAUGGCUGAUGGGCACCUGCCAUGUCCUGCUUGGCAAGAUCUGGGAGUUGAUCUCAGAGAACCUUCUUGUAUCUCUGACUCUCAGACUAACCUUGCGAAAGAGAUAGAGCAGAAACCUCUAGAUCUUGGCCAUGAUCACUUCCUCCUUUCAAGCCUCUGUGGCGGUUUGUGCCCUGGUUAUCUUGCAUGUCAGUGCCCUGGAUACAUUUAUAGCUGCCGUCUAUGAACAUCCUGUCCUACGGCCAAAGGCCACAGAAACACCUGUUUCCCGAGACGAUGCCUUGCUCCAUAUGAACAAGAACAUAGAUAUUCUGGAGAGAGCGAUUCAGCAGGCAGCUGCGCAGGGUGCUCAAAUUAUCGUGACUCCAGAAGAUGCACUUUAUGGAUGGAAAUUUACCAGGGAAACCAUUUUCCCUUAUCUGGAGGAUAUCCAAGACCCUCGGGUGGCCUGGAUUCCAUGUCAAGACCCCCACAGAUUUGGUGACACACCAGUACAAGCAAGACUCAGCUGCCUGGCCAAGAACAACUCUAUCUAUGUCUUGGCAAAUAUUGGGGACAAAAAGCCAUGUAAUUCUCAUAAAUCCACAUGUCCUCCUAAUGGCUAUUACCAAUACAAUACCAAUGUGGUAUAUGAUGCAAAGGGACAAUUGGUGGCACGCUACCACAAGUACAACCUCUACUCUGAACCUCAGUUUGAUGCCCCUGAAAACCCAGAGCUGGUGACUUUUAACACCGCCUUUGGAAAGUUUGGCAUUUUCACGUGCUUCGAUAUACUCUUCCAUGAUCCUGCUGUGACUCUGGUGAAAGACUUGCAGGUGGACACCAUUCUGUUUCCCACAGCGUGGAUUAAUGUUUUGCCCCUACUGACAGCUAUUGAAUUCCACUCAGCUUGGGCUAUGGGCAUGAGAGUUAAUCUUCUUGCAGCAAAUAUACAUCAUGUGCAACAAAAUAUGACAGGCAGUGGUAUUUAUGCACCAGAUUCGCCCAAAAUAUUCCAUUAUGAUAUGAAAACAAGCGAGGGAAAGCUGCUUCUUUGGGAAUUGAAUUCACAUCCUCGAAACUCUCCUGACUACCCUGCAGCCGUGGACUGGAGUGCCUAUGCCACAACCAUCAAACCAUUCCCAGUCCAGAAAAAUACUUUCAGUGGGUUUAUGUCCAGAGAUGAGUUCAACUUCACAGAACUUUUUGAAAAUGCAGGCAAUCUUUCAGUCUGUCACAAAGAUCUCUGCUGUCAUUUAAGCUACAGAAUGCUAAGAAAAGGGAAUGAAGUGUACGUUCUGGGAGCUUUCACAGGACUUCAUGGCCGAAGGAGAAGAGAAUACUGGCAGGUAUGCACCAUGCUGAAAUGCAAAACGACUAAUGUGACAACUUGUGGACAACCGGUAGAAACAGCUUUGACAAGAUUUGACGUAUUCUCCCUAAGUGGUACAUUCAGAACAAAGUAUGUUUUUCCUGAAGUGCUACUUACUAAAGUGAAGCUGUCACCUGGAAAAUUUGAGGUACUAAAAGACGGGCGUUUGGUAAACAAGAAUGGAUUAUCUGAGCCUAUUCUAACAGUGUCACUCUUUGGGAGAUGGUACACUAAGGACUCACCGUCCAGCUCUGGAGGGAUCAGAAAUUUGGAAACAACUAACCUGCUAAUAGCCACUUUUUUAAUGAUCAUAGUUUUGCAAAUAUUAUGAUGGUAUAGGACAUCACUUUAUCACAUUUAUUUUUGCAGCAUAUAUUUUGCUAAAUGUGUUUAUUGGCUUUCCAAGUUUACUAAGAAACUUUGAAGGGAGAUCUCAGUAGUAUAGACCAGUGGUCGGCAAACUCAUUAGCUAACAGAACCAAAUAUCAACAGUAUAAUGAUUGAAAUUUCCUUUGAGAGCCAAAUUUUUUAAA